GGAAAAUUCGUAAGUUGGUAUUUCACGUGGAAAAGGUUAUGGAUAAAUCAGUUGAUUUGAAACUUAUUAUGAAGAUCCUGGGCCGCACAGACUCACAAGGACAAUUCAGACGAGUGAAAAUAGAGUUCCGGCAAAUAAAAUCGACAAAUUAUCAAAACAUGAAAGGUCCGGUACGUGAAGGUGAUCUUUUAACCUUGUUUGAAUCUGAGUUUGAGGCAAAAUGA